CCGUGGCACACAGAGUCAGAGAUGACCUACCACACACAUCUCCAGCAUCAUUUUGAUAAUUACAGGGCAGGGUCAGAAAUGACCUGCCAUGACAAAUAUUUAGCAUUUAACUUGAAAUACAGGUCCAUUACACUGGCUGGGCACAAGUUGAAGGGACAUGUUGUCGCCCUUACAGUUAUCUUAAAUGUAUCUCUUUGAUCAUAGGAAUGUCUUUGAUAUUUGUGUAUAUAAUCCCCUGCAUCCUCACAGAGGGACAGAGGGACAGGGAGAGAGAUAGAAUAAAGUCGGUGGCAACAGAAAAUCUUGUUGUUGGUUAUUGCUGAUCCCUCAUUCUUCCACUGAUACUGAAGUUCAACUCUGAUACUGGUGGAGAACCUGGGCAACAAAAAUGAGACGGGCAUCCCCCAGAACUUCCAACCAGCAGCAAGCAGCAACAGAACAGCAGGCCUCGAGUCAGCAUACCCCUGAAUUAGAUGGGCAACAACCACAACCCUCAGAGCAACAUGAGCCUGGUCCUCAGCAACAACAGGAGCUGCAGCCUCUGGACCAGAUUGAGAGACAACAACAAGCCCAGCAGACCAACUCUCUGAUAAGAUCCCCAGGGCAGCAACAGGAGCAGUCCCAAGCAAUGAUAGAGAUGCCACCACCACCACCACCGCCACCUAUGCCCCCCAGUGCAGCUCAACAAAAUCAAGGGAGUCCAGUGGCAGCUCAGCAAAAUCAAGGGAUUCCAGUGCCAGCAGAUCGAUCUAGAGAUAGCAGCAAGGAGAGGAUGCGUGAAAGGAGUGCAGAAAGAAGGGGUGAAUGGAGGAAGGAGAGAAGAGAGGAAAAGGAGAGAAAGUGUUCACGUUGUGGACCCCAAUACGAUUGCAUAAGUCUAUGGCUUGUCAUCUGGAUGGCUGUGGCAAUUCUGCCCCUUACCAGUGCUGAAAAUCGGAUAAACUACGGUGUUUUCUUUAAAAAUGAAGGGACGAUGGCAGUGGUAAACGACUAUUGGCUACACACGAUGUUGGUGUACUUGCCAGAAGUUCCGAUUGAGCCUAACUUAGAGUAUAAUUGCGAUGGGCGUUUAAAUAAGAAAACAUGUAAAUUAAUCGAAAGAGCAGUAGAUGAAGGUAGAAAGUUGUAUAGUCAAACAAGAAGUGAAUUGAGAGCACUUCGGCAUAGAGUAAGUGAAAUAUUUACCAAUGAUGAUGUUGAGGAAAAGAGGCAAAAAAGAUCAGCACUUCCAUUUGUAGGUAAGGUGGCGAAUAGUCUCUUUGGAGUGGCAACGGAAGACCAACUUAAUAAGGUGAUUGAUCACAUCAAUGCAUUGCAAUCAAGGCAGCAAAAAGCCCUGACAUCCUUUUCCAAGUUUAGUUCUCAAUAUGGGUCAAUUGUAAGUGGGCAAAAUGAACGCAUGAUGAACAUGGUUAAACAGAUAGAAGACAAUCACCAGUUAAACAUAAUGUUAGGAGGUGAUUUAAAGUAUAUUGAGAAUGAAAUAGAUUUUACACUUGGGUUAUUUACAAAGUUAAUGCAUGUAAGUACCAUAACUAACAAGCUCACCUUUGAAAUCGAAAAUACAAUGAUAGGUAUGAAUGAUGUCUCCCAUGGAAAGCUUUCACCAAUUCUAUUUCCCCCUCAUAUGCUAAGCAGCACUUUAAAGAAAAUUAAGGCUUCUCUUCAAAAACAAUUUCCAGGACUACUUAUCAACCAAAAUUUGCAGUAUUACUACCGUUAUGGCAAAAUUGCCACACAUAAGUUAAAUCAGUCAAUAGCAAUCACCAUCAAAAUUCCCAUAGCAUCCCACGAUUUAUUUACAGUGUUUCAUGUUAAAGCAGUACCAGUUCCCCUCAAUGCGACAAGUAAGCAUGCCACCCUCCUCCACAAUGUUCCUGAAUACUUUGCCAGUGUUGGGAACCACCACAUUAGCCUGAACUAUGAUUUUCUGAAAUCUUGCACUGGACAAAACCCCAUGUUUUGUGCACUGGAAAAUACUAAGGUAUCCAAAAAACCUCAUUGCUUAAAGGCCCUUCUACUAAAUGAUAAAACCAGCAUCAAAGACCUCUGCGAUUUCCAACUCCUACCCAAUAGCAUCUCCUCCACCUUAACGCCAGUUGGGAAAGAUCAGGUUCUGGUUAACAGAAUUCAAAAUUUGACAAUGCGGUGUUCAUCCAAUGUAACCAAAGUUGGUUGUGAUUUUUGUGUUUUGAAGGUGCCAUGUUCCUGCUCUAUAGAAGGGGACUCCACAUAUAUUCCUCCCCAUCGAAUUUGUGAACAUAAUGAAACUACUGAAAUUCUUCAUCCCAUAAAUUUAGCACUUUUACAGCAACUUUUUGAUGAAGGUAACUUUUCUGAUAUUUUUGGUCAUUCCGUCUUUCAAACACCCCCCAGAGUAACAAUCCCCACGUUACGCCUAUACAAUCAUAACUUUUCACAAUUUUUAACCAAGGAUUCCUCCAUUAAACUCAAUCUGCGAAAAGUAAUGUCAGCAGCAAAAAAGGGAGAGACUAUAUUUCAGUCGCUGACUGAGCCCCUCUUGUCUGGUGACUUAACAUUACCCACAGGAGGACUGUCUCUGGAUGAUAUAAUUGGGUAUGUAGCUUUGGGUGUUGCAAUCCUAGCAAUUGCUCUGUCAGCCACACUUACUUAUAAAAUCAAAGUUUUAAGCACUGCAAUGUUAACGAUGGCCCAUGCCAAAGCAAACACUGCUCCCAACUUUAUCUACCAAUUUAGCUCACCAUCUCCGUCACCCAAAAUUGAAUUCGACAUCUAUAAAAUUUUAACGCAUGAAAUUGCUCCUGCAGUUUACUUUUCAGCAAUACUUCUUCUUUUUAUCAUUCUGGGAGUAAUUAUUUUGUGUAAAGGGCAGGGUCAGAAAGGACCUGCCGUGGCACACAGAGUCAGAGAUGACCUACCACACACAUCUCCAGCAUCAUUUUGA